UCUCAAAAUAAAUAAUAAUAAUAAAAAUUACAGCAUUAUUGAAUCCAUAAAUAUUACACUCCACCUUUGCUCUCAUAAGAAAAAAAAUAAAAGCAAAAUAAUAUAACACAGAUAUAAACAUGAAGAUAGGCAAAGGUCUUCACUUUCUGUACUUGUUGUGUUUGGUUUCAGUUUUCUUGGUUGUCCAAGAUUGUGUGCAGGGACGGCUUUUAUCACUGAAGAAACCCGACCCUAACGAUGCUGCUGCUACUGCUCGUUGGUUGGUCGCUCAAAAUUCGUGGGGUGUCUUAAAUACCAUCUCAAGUGACUUGGAGGGUGCACCUUUCGGGAAUGUGGUUUCAUUCAGUGAUGGGCUACCUGGUGAAGGUAAAGGUAUCCCAUUUUUCUACUUGACAGCUCUUGAUCCAACUGCAAGAGAUGUAUUGAAAGAUCCAAGGGCUUCACUUACGGUGAGUGAGCAUACCGUGGGAACUUGUGGCAAGAUAGAUCCUGAGAAUCCCACUUGUGCAAAGUUAACACUUACAGGAAAGUUGUCGUUGCUUGAUCAAAACUCGGAAGAAGUAGAGUUUGCUAGAAGUGCAUUGUUCUCCAAACAUUCAGAGAUGAAGGGUUGGCCUAAGAAUCACAACUUCCAGUUCUUCAAAUUAGAGAUUGAGAAUAUUUUCUUGAUUGAUUGGUUUGGUGGUCCUAAACCUCUUAGUAUAGAUCAGUACCUUCAUCCCAAAAUGAAAGAGAUUGGCUUUGGUCUGUGAAUUCUCAUCUUUUGUAUUCUCAUUCUGGCUUGCGUGGCUGUGAUUUGUGACUUGGAUGAAAAAUAAUGUAAAUACUCAGGUAAUAUUGUUUACAUUUCAUACAACAAACAAUGCUUCAUCUCCAUACUUUGGCAAAAAUAUUAUGACGAUGAUAAUUUGUGGGGUUGUGCUGUACCCAGAAAAAUAUUGCUUGUUGUUUAUGUAUUCCUACGAAGGUGUGCAUUGUUGUUUUCCCUGUAUAACUACAAUGCACACCUUGUACUUCUCAUGAAUUGUCCUCCUUGUGCUUGUACUA